CGGAUCCGUUGGGUUACAUUACAAAAAAGGUCUCUCUCUAUCAAAGGUUGCUUUGCUGUUACUGCACGCAUUUCAGGUUCAGCCGCCGUUUCAAGCCCAUCCACCACCGGUAACCAUGACCAAGAGGACAAAGAAGGCUGGAAUUGUCGGCAAAUAUGGGACCAGAUAUGGUGCCAGUCUUAGGAAGCAAAUCAAGAAGAUGGAAGUGAGUCAGCACAGCAAAUACUUCUGCGAGUUCUGUGGCAAGUAUGCUGUUAAGAGGAAGGCUGUUGGAAUCUGGGGAUGUAAGGACUGUGGCAAAGUUAAGGCUGGAGGUGCAUACACUAUGAAUACCGCUAGUGCUGUUACUGUGAGGAGUACCAUCAGGAGGCUGAGAGAACAAACUGAGAGUUAGACUACUAGACUCAAAUACAUUUUUCAAGACCAGUAUUCAAGAUUUUUUCCAUCUUUUGCUAUAGGAUUUGAUGAUAGACCAUAGUUAUGAUUCUGUAUUGAAGUUAGGGAUUUUGGCUACAUGUUUGUCACUUGUCAGUUGCAUUCCAUGAAGCAGACCCAAUGUUUUGGUUGAUUUACAAA